AAUUAUAGCAUCUUAAGAACCAGUUUCAGAGAGAGAAAGAGAUGGUUCGGAAGGGAGGAGUAGUGUUCGACGAAAGUCCUCCAGAUGACUUCGACCCAGCUAAUCCAUACAAGGAUCCGGUGGCGAUGCUGGAGAUGAGGGAGCACCUGGUGAGAGAGAAGUGGAUCGAUAUCGAGACAGCAAAGAUAUUGCGUGAGAAGGUGAAGUGGUGCUACCGCGUCGAAGGCAUCAACCAUCUCCAGAAGUGCCGUCACCUCGUUACCCAGUAUCUUGAGUCUACCCGAGGCAUUGGUUGGGGCAAAGACGGACGCCCCCCUGACCUUCACGGUCCCAAGGACUUGUUUGAUUGAUUCUACUUGUCUUUGAGGUGACUGAAAUCGCGAGGAAAUUACCCAAGUUUGAUAAGAAAACUCCAUUCUCCAUCCGGUUGCGCUGCCAAAUUUGAUAAAAGGACUUCAAUUAUCUGUUACCUUAUUAAACUGUUGGUUCUAUUUUUUUCCAUUUCUUUCAUUUUACAUGCAAAGUUUGUUAUUUUGGUUUUCAACUUGUAGCAUGUCCACUGGUUGUCUUCCAGGAUCCUCCGUUGUGGAUUGUGAUAGUGGAUGACAGAACUUCAGAUGAUGAAAUAAGUUUCUUCUGGCUCACUA